CUCGAUUGUCUCAAGCCUCGGACACCACGACUCGAGCCUCUCAAACCGCCGCCGGCACCACGAGGCGCAGCUAUGAGCGCGCCCCCUCCAUCAUUCCGCCGCAUCAACUCAGACGCCGCCCUUGCUAUUUUGCGGCUGCCCUCUGUACGAUUGCCACCACGGCCGGCUGCAUUCUGGGCUGGCCCUCUAUGCGGGUCGUCCUGGAGGGAGAGGGGCUUCUGGCGUCGGGCUGCGUCCUCGGCGAGGAGAGGGGCGGGAGGCUCUUCUACGUGGCCGGCCUCUGCAAGUCGCAGGAGCUCCGCCUCGGCCUGACCUACACGAUCGCCUCGUGGGCCGCGCAGGGCGGCCGCCUCUUCGCUGGUCUCGCGCUUGACGCGUGCGGCUGUCGGGUCACAGUCACAGUCUCGCUCCUCCUCUGCGCGCUCGGCACCAGCAUCGUCGCCCUCUCCAUCGCCGACCCGGCAGGGCGCAGCGAGGCGCUCCAGCAGUCCGGCCUCACGAUCGGCUUCUUCAUGCUCGCGCUCGGCGGCUCGGGCGUCUCGCUAUCGCUGCAGUCGGUCGCGGCGCUCUUCCCCGCGCACCGCUCCCUCGUCACCACUGCGCUCACCGGCGCGCUGCAGCUCUCGUCGGGCGUGUACGUCCUCUUCGAGCUGCUGCAGCGCGCCGGCGCGAGCGUGCUGGUCAUGCUGCUCGUGCACGCCGGCGUCUGCCUAUGCUUCGCGGCCGGCGCGCUGCUGGCCUGGCCAGCCUCACGCCGCGCCACCCGCCGGGGUGCAGCGCCGGUCGCGCCGCGAAGGGUCGGCUCGCGGCAGUACGCGCUACUCGUGCUCAUCUUCACGGUGCACCUGCUGCAGUGCCAGUUCCUGCUCGGCAACGUCGGCACGCAGCUCGACGAGAAGGGGGACGACGGGACGGCGCGGAUCACCUUCUCCGCCUGCCUCUCGCUCACCAUCCUGGUGUCGCCCCUUGUGGGCCACUUCAUCGACCGCUUCGGCUUUGCGGUCUCCUUUGCCGUCAUCAACUCCAUCUUUCUCGCAAUCUCCGUCCUGCUGCUGCUGCCCUCGCUCGCCGCCCAGUACGUCAUGGCGGUCCUCAACGCGAUCAGCCGCGUCUCGCUCUGGUCCUGCUUCUUCUCCUACACCGGCGCCACCUUCUCCUUCUACCACUUUGGCAAGCUCGCCGGCGGUGGGCUACUGCUUGCCGCCACCGUCUCGCUGCUGCAGUUUCCUCUCCUCGACCUCACGCUGGGGCCGUUCGAGGGCGACUUCACCUUUGUCAACGCGCUGUUCGCGGCGAUGUCGUGCGCACUUUAUCCCGCAAUCUUCUGGCUCGCGCGCAUCGAGGCGAGGCGACUGACGGAGGAAAUCGCUGUGGCGGCGAGCAAACCGCCGGACCUGCCCUCGAGCGUGGAGACCAUUUGAUGCCGCUGGAUCCGUGAUAUAGAGUUUAGAAAGGUCAUACGGCGAGAUGUCUUUGACCCGUCAAAUAAACAAAAUCCGAAAAUCGAUUGUGCUACUAAC